GCUGGACACCGCCCUUUCUGUCGCAUUGCCACAACUACAUCUUGCAACAUGCGCUGAACCCAAGCGAUUCCCGAGCACUAUACUUGUUUGAACCCUUAAUCGCCUGUUUUUCGUCUAUGUUUCAUCGAGGUCUACCGCAGUCAAUUCAGAAUGCCGUCGGCCGAGCGCUCUUACAGGCGCCCGCUGGACCUAGAGGAACUGGAGUCUGACACAGCACCGCUUUUCGUCAUUAGAGCGGAUGAGAUAGCCUUGGGGUUCGACCUUGUCUUCUGCAAUGAGGCCUUUCGCAAACUCGAUCUCCGCAGUUCCGUUUUAGCCGAGGAGCGAGGAUCACUCCUCUUCCGGUCUUGGGCGCAAGCUCUGGGUGAAUACAAGCCAACAUAUGAGUUUGGCGGCCGAUGUUGGACUGCGGGAUUGGCGGGUCGGAAUGGCGGCUGGAAGGUCGUGAGAGCGUCGGAAUCCAACAUACAGCAGCAAGAUCCACCUGCAUCGGAGGAGGGGGCAGACGACGAUGAUUACAUUAGUAUUGGUCGAACGCCGGUCUUCACACGAUCAAAGGCGCAGUUGAUCAGUGAGCUCAAGCGUGAUAGAACCGUGUCGCUUCGGAAUAUUCCAUUUACAAACCUCCAUGCCAGAUGGGAAAGUAUCCAGACGAUGAUGGAGAUGAGCGACGUUGGGGUAUUUGAGUACAACUCGGAGGGAAAGCUUCUACAUGCUAAUGAGGCGUGGUAUAAACUGAGUUCCCAACCCAGAGACGCUAAACCUGAUGAGUUCUCGUUCAUGGACCUUGUCUACCCAGACGACCAGACACUAGUAAUGUCUAUGUGGAACACUCUUGCCCUGGGAAAGUCUGUCACGUUUGAGAUGCGCUGGAAGGCACGCUCGGGAACGAAGGACGCAGCGCAAUGGGUACUCUCCGCUUGUGUUCCUGUAUUUGAUGAUGAUAAGAAGUUGAUUGGUAUUGCCGGCAACACUAUAGAUAUCAACGCACAAAAGAAAUCACAAGAAGCAGCGCAAGCACAGGUCGAAGCACUCGAACAAGCGCGGCUAGCCGAGAUGAAGUUCGCGCGGUUUGCUCAAGUCUCACCGACGGCGAUAUACAUAUAUAUCCCUGAGAGUGGGAUGAACUUCGUUAAUGAUCAGUUCUUCGAACUCACGGGUCACCCACACGCUCCAGUUAGCCAAUACGAGUGGUUUGACCUUAUCGCCAAGGAAGACGUCGAAAGAGUGAAGAAAGAUUGGGAACGCAUGCUCGAAAGUGGUAAAGCCAACGGUGUACAGUUUCGGCUCAAAAAGACCUGGAUGAAUCAAGAUGGUAUCCGCUCGAACAUAUGGGUGCAAAGUUCAAGUUGUCCAGAGCUAGAUGAGAAUGGGAAAGUGAUAAGCAUCAUGGGGACCCUUUUCGACAUAUCGCAAUUCAAAUGGGCUGAGAGCGUCCAGCGGCGCCGUAUAGAUGAAGCGCUUGAAGCCAAACGACAACAAGAAAACUUCAUUGAUAUGACAUCGCACGAACUCAGGAAUCCACUUUCAGCAGUCAUACAAUGCGCCGACUCCGUCAUUGCUUCGCUCCAACAACUAUACAGAAGCCGGGUCAUAGCAUCGAAAGAACUGUCCGACAUAUCCAAGGUAGAGGUGGAAGUUCAGAGCUGCAUUGAAUCGCUGAUGAUCAUCGUGUCAUGUUCGAUGCACCAGAAACGCGUUAUUGACGACGUACUCACCUUGUCGAAACUUGAUUCCAAUUUGAUCUUGAUUACGCCCAUGCGGGUACAGCCAGCGGUGGUCGUGUCGGACGCGGUGCGCAUGUUCGAAGUCGAAUGCAAUCAGGGUGGUAUCAAGCUCGCCUUCCUCGUCGACGAAACCUUCAACGGCAUGGAUUGGACGAUGUUGGAUCCCUCGCGCUUACUGCAAGUACUCAUCAACCUACUCACCAACGCCAUCAAAUUCACCAAAGACCGCCCUCAGAAAGCCAUCACCGUCACCAUCGGUGGCUCCUGGACCCGUCCACCAAAAUGUUGGAACGAAAUAACCUUCACUGACGACGAAAAGCCCAAGACAGACAUCACCGACAAAGCUGAAUGGGGCGAAGGCCGCAUCGCCUUCCUCUGGCUCAAAGUUAAAGACACUGGCUGCGGCAUGACCACAGACGAGCAAAAGAAACUCUUCUCCCGCUUCUCGCAAGCCACGCCCCGCACGCACGUUAAAUACGGCGGCUCAGGCCUCGGGCUCUUCAUCUCCAAGUCUCUUACCAAGUUACAAGGAGGAGCCAUCGGCGUCCACUCCGAGAAAGGCGAAGGCUCAACAUUCGCCUUCUUCAUAAGCACGCGUCUCGCGCAUCCACCUGCCGAUCAAGUCUCUGCUCGCGCAGUCCCAGCUCGCCCCGUUCCCCGUCGUACCAUGACAGGAGAAGAAGCCAUGCAAUCGAUCAGACUCAACGUGCUCAUUGUAGAAGACAAUCUCGUCAACCAAAAAGUGCUCAGGAAGCAAUUGGAAAAGUUCGGUUGGAACAUAAGCGUAGCAGGUAACGGGCAAGAAGCGUUGGAAUGGCUCAAAGACAGCGUAUACUGGCGCAACGAAAACGAACAAUCUGCCACAGAAAAGAAGCACGACAUCGACAUCAUCCUUAUGGACAUAGAAAUGCCCAUCAUGGACGGCCUCACCUGCGCCCGCCUGAUUCGCGACUACGAACACCAGGGUUUACUCGCAACUCCACCAACGCCGGGGUCCGCAUUGACAAGUCGAAGUUGUCAUAAAAAGACGUCGUCCGUUUCGUCUACGUCUUCGGCGUCGCAUGAACGGCCGGAUAAGCAAUCGCUUCGUUUGCCUAUCCUGGCUGUGAGCGCGAAUGCGCGUAUGGAGCAGAUUGAACAGUCGCUGGCGUCGGGGAUGGACGAUGCGAUUUCAAAACCUUUUCGUAUUCCGGAGCUUUGGCCGAAGAUUAGGGGGUUGGUGAGGAGGGUUGCGGAUGCGGAUACGAAGGUUAGGUCGUGAUUGUGGUUGUGCAUUGGUUUGUAUCGGUAGCAAGUGAACUCUUGGAUAUGGCGUUGGGUAGAUGCAUAAGCAUGGAUUCGGCGUUUGGCAGGCAUAGUAAUACAGUAGUUUUGUCGGCUUUAAUGAAUGGUUUGUAAGACAGUGGAACGCGAC